GUUUUUCGUGCGGGUUUUUUAUUCGUGUUGAUAGACAUCGGGAAUGCCUCGUUUAACAGAUAUCGAAUUUGCAAAGCGUGUCGUCUCAAAAUUUGAGAACUAUGCUAGGAGGCCUGCGUACAGAGGGAUAUUCAGGAGGGACUUGCUGCCAAAAGCUUUGAAUAAUACUGUAUCUACUAAAGGAAGAGUCAGCCAAGAAAAACCGUGCAUCUCCGCUAUAUCCUUAAUGCUAGUAUGUUUAGAGAAACAUGAUUAUAUUCAAUCUAGGUGUUCAACAGAAAUUCAACAAUUUAACGAUUGUAUGAAAAAAUUCGAGGCGAAGAAAAAAGCUAAGCAAAACGUCGAAGAAAAAGGUCUCCUAUCUGGCAGAGGACGAAUACAACCUGAUAGGCUAAAUGAAUUUCUUUCUAGGUAUCCUCAACCAAGAGAGACACCUGAUCAAUAUUAA